GUGUAAUCGACGUUUUGACAGCUCUACAGCCCAGCUGCUAGUUUUUUUAUUCGGGCGUAAUUAGAAAGCAGUAAUUAUACUUAAUUUGCACGUCCUAACCACAACAACAUCGCAGCACACCCGCACACCGCGACGCGAGCGCCCUUGCAGAUUCUCACCGGACAGGCCGCGCGAGCGAAACAGCGAAAAACGGGACAGAGAAGCGUUUUGAAACUACGUCGCCAUUUUUGACACGGCUCCGAAACGUCGAAAACACAAACACAAACACACCCAGCGCUGAACUGAGAGAGAGAAAAUCAUCGAAACUGUGGUUACGUCUAGGAAUAUUCGACGGCACAGCACGCAUAUGGGAUAUACAUUUGUCAUUAGCGUAAUUAUUAGUGUCCAAUAAAACGGAACGGAUCGGAGCGCAACGGAGGCCACUGAUUAGCCAGGCACACGAAGGAGGCGACGUGUCCACCCACAUCAUUAGCGUAACGUAACCCUUGUCAUCGCGGGAUUUGUGACGAACAACUGUGAUCUCUCCCAUUAAACCGUCAACAUGGCCAAGACAUACGACUACCUGUUCAAGCUGCUGCUGAUCGGCGACUCCGGCGUGGGCAAGACCUGCAUCCUGUUUCGCUUCUCGGAGGACGCCUUCAACACGACGUUUAUAUCCACAAUAGGUAUCGAUUUUAAAAUUAGAACAAUUGAAUUAGAUAACAAGAAAAUAAAGCUGCAAAUAUGGGACACUGCCGGCCAGGAGCGUUUUCGCACAAUCACAACGGCCUAUUACAGAGGCGCCAUGGGCAUCAUGCUGGUAUAUGACAUAACCCAGGAGAAGUCCUUUGAGAACAUUAAGAACUGGAUCAGGAAUAUUGAAGAGAACGCCUCCGCCGAUGUCGAAAAAAUGCUGCUGGGCAACAAGUGCGAAUUGCACGAUAAGCGACAGGUUUCAAAGGAGCGCGGCGAACAGUUGGCUAUCGAGUACGGCAUCAAGUUCAUGGAGACCUCAGCGAAAGCCAGCAUCAAUGUGGAAGAAGCUUUCCUCACCCUCGCCAGCGAUAUCAAAGCGAAAACGGAAAAGCGCAUGGAGGCGAACAACCCGCCUAAGGGGGGCCAUCAACUGAAACCGAUGGACAGUCGGACGAAGGACAGUUGGCUGUCCAGGUGCAGUAUGCUUUGACGUGGCAACAACGUGCGCUCGGCACUGAUGCGGCAUGGUGGUAACAAUUACGAUAGUGUAUGUGGUAGUAGUUUUCUUAACUCCUGUUAGGUUUGAGUGUGCGACAGCCGAGAGGAACCAUAGGCGGAUCAACGUAAACAUCAGCAGCAGCCAGCUCUAAUCCCCCUUACCCUACCUACCCCACAAGAACACGCCGAAAAUGGAAUAGAACACGAAUUGCAUUAUGAAACAGUUAUUAAAUAAAGUAUAUGACGACCGUGUACGAAAUAUAUAGUAUAGUAUAUAGUAUACGCGUAUAUAACUCGAGUUGAAAGCGGAUCCAGCAGCCAAUCCAAUCCAAUCCAACCCGCCCGCGCCCUCCUUCUCGAAAGAGGUUUUAGUAUUUAUGGAAUUACGAUGAUUUUCUCUAGCAGCCAUGGUUGUUUUCUCGAUUUGUAAAUUAUUAAUUGUAAAUCAAACUAAAUAUAUAUGUAUGUACUGUGUA